AUGGCCUCUCAGUCAAACUUCAUGUUCAUUGAUUCGCAGGCGGAUCAUGCACACAACCUAUCGUUGCGGAACAAAAAGCAGGUCUUUGUCAUGACGAAAUAUUAUCAAGAUCAGAAACAGGCCUCUAUUGAUAGACUCAAACCACGAUCAGCGCCGAGGGGUCGUCGGCGGCUUGAACAUGGCGCAGGGACUUUCCCCUCUACAGCGAAGGAUCGCGAGACCGCUAAACAUAAAGGCUCAAAGGAUAAUCUCCCGCAGCGCAAGCCUCCAAUCUGGUCGUUGGAGGCGUAUUUGAGCCAAAGCUUUGUCGAUCCGUUGGCCUCAUCUGCAGUCGGAAUGACAGACUCCAUGAACCAAUACUUCCACCACUUCAGAAUCCACUCAAUUAUUAUGUGUUAUCCCCUUGACCCUAUGCGCAUGGGCAUGUGGUGGUGGCAAGAGGCGAUCACUCAACCCGCGCUACUCUUGACAAUUCUCUUUCUAUCAGCUGGGCACCAGGCAAGCCUCGAGAUGCAUAAUGGGGUUGACCCUCUGGUAGCCGAAAAGACAUUCAGAAACUGCCUCCGUCUCCGUGGGAGGGUACUUGGGACUUUGAAGGACAUUAUGGAGGAUCCCAAGAAGGCUGUGGCCGAGGCCACCGCUUUAAUUAUCGCCUCGCUUGCGAGCGGCGAAACUGUCAACGCCAAUUUUGAGGCCCUUGAAAUUCACAUGAAGGGACUGCAGCGACUUGUCCAUCUACUUGGCGGAGUGGAAGCAAUAGAUCAUGGGGCGCUUGCAAAAAUCUACGAGUGCGACGUUCGAAGCGCAACCUUGAAAAACACCAGGCCCGUCUUCGCCAUGUCCUCCCGCUUCCGCAGCGAGAUUCUCCAGCAUGCCAAGUUUUUUCACACCCAGGAGCCACUAGCAAUACCAAGGCGGCUUUCACAACUAGGACAGUCCUUCUUCAAGGCCCUCUGGUAUACACAACUCGAUUCUUCAGUGAGAGCCUAUACGCAGAUCCUCCACCGCUUGAUAAUCCACUACGAGGAGGCCCAAGUCUGCCCCUCGCUCAUCACACCAACAGACAACGACCUCUUUCUAGUCUUCGAGCACCAGCUCCUCUCAGCAAGCUACACAUCACGGCCAGAUGACCCCCACGAGCCCCUCCGCCUUUCCUUCCUGCUCUACGUGAACCUCCGCAUCUGGCACUUCCAGGGCAUCCCAUUGACCCAGUAUCCAGCCGCGGCACUACGGGCGAGUCUCGAAGCGUCAUUGGCUCACAUACUGAAAGUCGCUCCCGACCUACUCUUCUGGAUCCUAUGGAUGGGAGGCCUCGCCUCGCGCGGGGCAGAAUGCUACGCCUGGUUCGUGGAGAAUCUGAGGACGGUAGCGAACCAGCUUGGACUGCAGAACUGGGUGGCUGCCAGGAUACUUCUUGGCGGGUUCUUUUAUACGGAUCAGCAUGGAUGGGAGGCGGAGAAGGCGGCGGAGGGGGAGCUUUGGAGGGAAGUUGUUCCAGAGGCGCACAACGAGACUCAUCACACGCCCGUUAUCUUUAUAUAG